AUGUCAAAAUUCAAACAAGAAUUAACAGACGUAAAAAUAAUACCAAAUUUGAAGGGUGUCAUAAUAUUUGGAGUAGCAUUUGCAAUUCGUUUCAUUCUUUUCCAGUUUUCUAAUAUCACUGAAAUAUUGGGAAGUCGAGUUGAAAUUGUGACGCCUGUAACAAGCUUUACCCGAUUAACCGAGGGUCUUUACUUAUUCGGUAAUGGCGUUCCACCAUACGAUGGCGGAGCUUUUCAUCAGGCUCCAUUAUUCCUCGCAUGCUUCCAGCUACUUAGCUACCUUCCAAACAUAUCAAUACCGUUGACUUAUAUAAUAACAGAUUUACUUAUAGCUUAUCUUUUGGCAGAUAUAACACGAAUAAAGCAACAUUUAUACAAAGAUUUUCCACGUAUAGAUGUGGAAUUAGAAGCAGGAAAACCAAAGGAAAUUGAUCCAUGGAUAGUAUCUGGAUUGUAUCUCUUUAAUCCAUUAACAGUCGCAUCAUGUCUCUCUCGGUCAACUCUUUUAUUCACAAAUCUAUCAAUCGUUCUUGGAAUAUAUUAUUCUCUUAGAAAUAACAAAAGUUAUGGCAUGUUUUGGAUUGCUAUGGCAACCUAUUUGAGUUUUUAUCCAUUAAUGUUAGUUAUACCUGCAAUAUUGAUAUUGACUAAUAAUACAAGUUUGUACAUCGGAUGGUUAUCAGGAUUAUUAAUUUUAUCUUAUCUUUUGGUCGAUUCAUGGGAUUUUAUGCAGUCCACUUAUGGAGUAAUCCUUCUUUUACCUGACUUAACUCCAAAUAUUGUUACAUGCGUUUAUCUUUGUUGUACCGAUAUCUCUGAAAUUCAGGAAUCAUCCGUUGUUUGUUGUAUUCCUUCUGAGUGGCAUCAUGGCUGUGUUUAA